AGAGCUGACAGUCAGUGCACACAGAGAGCACCUGUUGCACCUCCCAGGCUCGCUCUGCUUCUCUUCCCUCCUCCUGUCCCUCUCUCUUCCCCUACUUUUCUCCUUGGCUGCUCCGAAAGGCAGCUUACGGCCUCACCAUGGAUCCCAAUGAGGCCGGCGGGGGUGAGAAGGAGAAGGACAAAGAGAAGGAGAAAGUGAUAAAGAGGAGAAACCGGCCUGUGUUCCUGCGGUACCUGGAGAGGAGGAGGACGGACACUAUUGUGGCUGAGGAUUCGGCCAAAGGUGACUUCAACCUGGGGACGCUGGUGAGGAGGACCCAGUCUGACAAGACGGAGUACAGCGCUAAACUAAAAGAGAAAAUGACACCCCACGACCUGUCGACGCCCCCCUCUCCAGCUCUGGACCCGGAGGAGGUGCGUUUGAGGAAGAUGAGCCGCAGGGCGAAGGUCAUUCAGGAGCUGGUGCAGACUGAGAAGGACUACCUCACAGACCUGGAGCUGUGCAUCAGAGAGGUGGUCCAGCCUCUACGUAACAUGCAGGUUGUGGAUGUAGACCGGCUGUUCACCAACACGGAGACGGUGUGUGAAGUAUCUGCAGCUCUUCUUCACAGACUGCACAAGGCCAUCGCUGACCCUGAUCCCGAGGCGGUCGUCAUAGGGGAAAUAUUCAUCCAGGCAAAGGCAGCUUUAGAAGAUGUGUAUAAGAUUUACUGUUACCAUCAUGAUGAUGCUAACAUGUCCCUCAAAUCCUAUGAAGAAAAUGAAGAAAUUAAGAAACAUUUCACCACAUGUGUAUUAGCUCUGAAGAAAAUCUACGACCAAGAAGGGAAACCCAACCUGCUGAACAUGGGUUCACUGCUCAUCAAGCCGGUGCAGAGGAUCAUGAAGUACCCUCUGCUGCUCGGGGAGCUGUGGCACGCCACGCCUCAGGACCACCCGGACCAUCAGCCCCUGCAGGAGGCCUACACCGCUGCUAAGAUCAUCAACGUGAACAUAAAUGAGUUCAAGAGGCGCAAAGAUAUCGUUAUGAAGUAUAAGAGGUUGGAUGAUGAAGGCACACUGAGGGGGAAACUGAACAAGUUCAACAUCCACUCUAUCCGGAAGAAAGGCGACAGGUUUGCAGGCUAUCUCAAGAUCCUCACUGGAGUAGAGCCACAGGUGAGAGAUGAAGUAUUUGACCGAGAGGAGAAGCUGUUCAGGAGUCUGGAGAAGGCUGUGAGGCAGCUGGCCAAGAAUGUCCAAUUUUACCUGCUGCACAUUCAGGAGAUGGUAUCUGUUGCUGUUCAGAAAGUCCAGGACAUGGAGGACAUGAUUAAGGAUCCAAACAAAAAUGACAUAAACGGCUCAUUGCACCAUAAUGGAAAUGACCCUUAUAAGCACUUUAAAGACAGUAUGGAGCGCUCGGUCCUCGCCCCCCUCUCCUCCCUGCAGGGCAUGUUCACAGCCCCACAGAAGCUCAUCCAGAAGCGCUAUGACAAAUUACUGGAUUACUGCAGCCGCCUGGAGCGCUCUUCCUCCUUUUCAUCCUCAUCCUCGUCGUCCCCUACUUCUUCCACUACUUCACUGGCGUCAGAAGACCCGCCCGGUCCCGCCAAAAGGGACUAUGAAGCCAUCAAUGCUCUGCUAGUGGAGGAGUUGGAGAGGUUCAACAAGGCAGCCUAUCACAUCCUGACCAACUGUGUGCUGCACAUAGUGACCCUGCUCAGAGGGCUGAUGGAUAAAAUACUACUUCGUGCCCCGUCCAUACAGCAGCUACCGGCGCCAUUGUCAAACAUUACUGAGGUUCAGAACAGCAUCAUGGAUGAGCUGAACAAUCUGACUUUUGUCAAUGAUAACGCUCAGAAGUUGAUGGAGCGAAAAGUCAGCUUUGAGAGACAACGAGACAAGAAAAUAACGGUGCCGGAGGUGCAGCAUCAAAACGAGGAACAGCGAGGCUGGCUGCUGGCAGAAUAUCCAACGAGCCAUCUGUACCUGCUGAAGAGGAAGUGUAAUGGCUGCCAGGAGCAGGACCUCAGCCUGCUGGAGGGGGAGCUGGUGGCCCUGCUGGAGGACACGGACCCUCUGGGCAGCAGCAGCCGCUGGCUGGUUCACACUGGAGGUUCACAGGGCUACGUGUACUCCACCUUCCUGAAGCAGUACAACCCUCUGAGGGAUUCCCAGAGGAAAAGCAAGAUGGCCAAAGAGCAGCAGCAGCAGCAGCCGGCGGCCAUGGUGGACGAGGACUUUGACGACAUCAGCCUCUUCGUGUCGGGCAGCGGCAGCAGCAGCCUGCGCAGCUUCAACCUGAACACCACCGACAGCGGCUCCACCCUCUCCGGGUUACAGGGGGAGUCAGAGAGUCCCGAGGACCUGGAGGACACCUCGGACGCAGAGGCUCAGCAGUUCUAUGCUGUGUAUGCGUUUCAGGCGCGCUGUGACCAGGAGCUGACCCUGCAGGAGUACCAGCACGUCCGCAUCCUGAAGUUCUCAGACCUGGGAGGCAAUAAAGACUGGUGGUUAGCUGAGGCUAACGGACAGAAAGGAUACGUCCCUGCUAACUACCUUGGCAGGAUGUCCUAUGCAUAAGAAGGAAAACAAUCCAUGAAGAAAACCAAACCAAAAACCAACCUGUGGCAAUUAAAACAAACAUGUUUACAGUUUAAAGAAAUAAUGAAAUAGCUGUAAAACAUGUUGCAUUACUGCUUUGCAAGAGUCAAAUUAGCCCUAGGUAUCUAUGUCUCAUACCAACAGUGUUGAUGUUUAGCCUUGAGAAGCUCAUAUGAGCUCAGCAAUAGGACUUGACCUAUAAUCUGUGAUGAAUAUAAAUAAUGGUAGGAGAACACAAGGCACUGUGCCGAGCACUUUUUCUACUUCAGUGUUGUAGAGUUUAUAUCAAAAUGAAGUGAUUUAUACAUGAAGUUAAUUUUAAAUGUGAAUUGAUUUACAGAUGAAGUAAAUGUUAUAUGUGAAAUGAAGUAUAUAUAUAUAUUUAAUGUGAAUGUAAAAUGAAGAAAUCUAUCGUCAUGGUUUAUAUUUUAACAAUUGUCUGGAAUAAAUAUGAUCUGUUCUCCA